AUGAUCAUUGGCACGGCGAGAGCCAGAGACACCGAGCAGAAGUCAGACAGAGUCGUCAGUGACCGUCAGUGGAGACCGUCACCGCAGUCGGCAGACGACAACAUGGAGCUUGACGAAAGAACGGAAAUCGACCCUGCAGAAUAUUUCAACCCAGAUCGGCCAGCCCGUGACCCGGGUCCUAUCAGGAAGCAUUGGUAUCCUAUCGUUGUUGGUAUGGGAGGAGUCAUGUUUGCCUGCUUUGCCAAUUCCCUCACGAGAAGACCUCCUUUCAGUGGUAUACAGCAGCAUAUCCUUGGAGGUACUCUAGGUGUGAUUAUUGGAAUUACUGCUGACAAUUAUGGAAAGAGGAGGGCAGCACAUCGUGAUCUUAUGCUCUACAAUUACAUAGUUAAUCAUCCUGAAGAUUUCCCCCCAAUUGAGAGGAAGAAGUUUGCUGAUGUUUUUGAAAAAUGGAUCCCAGUGCGAUAGUGUGAUGGUUGUUAAGCUUUGAAUCUUUAUCCAUAAGUGUAAGUGGAAUUAAUGGAUAAAUUAGUAAUUAUCAUUUAAGUGCUUAAAUGUUUUUAAUGUAAAUAAAAUAUUUUGGAAACUGA